UUAGUCUGUGCGGAAAGGUUGAGUCAACUAUUUGUUAGGCCUACACACUGCACUGCGCCCCAUUUGUGGUGCAUCCACAGGAUUAACAUGGUGCACUGCCAUCGAGCAUCAUCGACGAGCACAACAACAGCAACAACAACAACAACAAAAGAAGCAACAGCUACAACAACAACAUUCGUAACAUCGACAACGUCAUCGAAUCGGAUCAUUUGCUUAGCAAUUAUAUUCGUGAUUUUGUUGUUGCCAUUGAGCACAAAUGCGGCACAAAGUCGCGGCAGCGAUCGCGACCUCUGCAGGGGAUCAAACGAUGCCACCGACUGCGCCAAGUCGCUGGAAGCACGCAAGGCGGUAGCAGCCACACGACGUGCGGCUAAAGCUAAAUUCAAAUUUCACAAAAUCGAGCGAUUGGAUGAAGACAAUGGUGGCGAGGAGGAGGACGACGACGACGACGAGGGGGAGGGGGGCGAGGACAAUAAUUCGGAGAAUGUGUUAAACGAUGAACGCAAUUCAGAAAUUGACGAUGGCAAUGAGGCCGAUGAAGACGAUAAUGUCGAUAACGAUAACGAUGACGAUGACAACAACGAAGCAGACGACGAAGCCGAAAACGAUGAAGACGCUGGUGAAGAAGACGAUGCAGACGACGGCGGCGGCGAUAACGACGAAGAACCUUCGCUUAUGAGUCGAUUGCUGUCCAUAUUUGCCAGUGAUGAAGGAACCGCCAAGCGCGAGGCGAAAGAAAGCGAGUCGCAGCUGCCAAAUAUUAUCAGCUGGUUCAACUGGCUAACGGAGCGAGCAACAGAUGCAGUACCGCAAGCAGGCAAAAAACGCGUCCAGGCAAAGGCGGCCAAAGCGCCGAAAAGCGUUGAAAUUGAUUGGCUGACAUACCUAAAGCGUUGGCCCUUCAAUAGCAUAUUCCCCGAGACAGAGGAAACAACAGGGACACGCUCCAAAGGCAUACAAAAGCGGACCAAAGAGAAGGACACAACCACAACGCCAGAGAGGGAGCGAAGACGAGAACGGGAGCAGAGCAAGAGCCAAGAGGAGUACAUGGAGCUGCUGAUACAUUCACUGCCGGCGUUCAUUGGCAAUGUGGCGCAGGUGAAAAGCGGCGAGUGCCACCAGCAAUUGGAGCUGCUGCAUCAGCAGCUGCGUGCCCACAAACUGUGGACGCUGCAGAUGCUCGAUGCCACGGGCAAGAUUGGCGCCGGUUUGUUACGUGGCAACAUCAAUCAGUUUGGCGACUUUGAUCUGUGCACCCAAGUGUCGACGGCCGUUAAGAUGCCACCCGGCAAGCCGAUGCGCAUCCACGGCAAAUACUGUCUGGCCCAGAUUGAGAUGCAUGCCACGACCACAGAGCUGAAGGACGCGUUGCAUUUACUGCACGGACGUGGCUUGUGGCAUGCGCACCUCAAGAACCCCAAGCACUUUGUGGCACGCUACAGCGUCGCCAAUUGGGGCAUCUGCUUGCCGCAUGCCUGCUCCGCCCACGUGGUGCACAGCAUCAUCGAAACUAGUCUGCGGCCCUACAACAAUACGGGCAUCGAAUUUCACAUCGACGUACGCGACGAGCACUGCACGACCAGGCGCAAGAUGACCUUGAGCAAGCUACUCGCCAAGGACAACAACUUUGCCAUGGGCAUAUUUUUCAUUGGUGCCUUGACAAGCGCUUGUGUUUUGUCCACCGUCUGGCAGCACUGGGAUUGGCUCAGCAGCAAGCUGACGCGUCUUACUACAACCACAAGAGCUCCUCAAACUGAUGAUGAUGAGCGCACAGAGGAGGUGGAAGAAGAAGUCACUGACGAGCAACAGCAGGCAGAGCAAGACGCUAAAGAGAAGAGUGCUCCGCCUGUGCAUUUGCGGAUUCUACAGGCGUUUUCACCACAACGCACCUGGCGAUUGCUAGUGUCCCUUGAAGACCAGGACAUUGACUUUCCGCUUAUUCAUCUGCUCAGAAUACUGGCCACAUUCAUGGUCUAUGUGAAUCUGAAGUUUAUCAUGGCAGGCCACCUGCCCCUAACUAAUCGGGAUGCAUUCGUUGGCACCGUAAAUCGCUACUGGAGCUUGCCAUAUCGUCUGCCGCUGCUUCCCAGCGAUCUGCUGCUGCUGCUCAGCGGAUUCCUCAACGCCAACCAGCUGUCCCAUCAAAUGGAGGCCACCUGCCGCUUGAGUUUUGUGCGCAAUGUGGCCACCAAGGCGUGUCGCUAUGUGCCCACCAUUCUCGCGGUUCUGGGCUUCCAAACUUGGAUACUGCCUCAUUUGGGCACCGGUCCGCUGUGGCAGUUGCUGGUGGCUGAGAAUGCUCGUCUCUGUGAGGAGAACAUGUGGCGCAGUGCGUUGAGUAUGCAGAAUACCGCCGACAUGGAGGACAUGUGCUCGCCAUUCACCGUGCAACUCAGCUUGGAUCUGCAACUGUAUUUCCUGGGCGCCCUUAUUGUUUGGUUGUAUUUCACUGAUCCCGAGGCUGGUUUCUUUCUAUGCGGCGCCUUUCAUGCGAUGUCCGUUGCAGCACGAUAUUCUCGCACCCAACGCGAGCACCUGGCACCAUCUCUAUUCCACGGCUUACACGUAAACAAAUUCUAUCGAACUGCGAACCUGAUUUACACAUCGCCCAUAACACGAGCCACCAGCUAUCUCUUGGGCAUUGGAGCGGCUCUCCUGUUCCGCAGCGAGUCCGGGGUCUUUCGGAUACCCACACGCUUCAAGCGUGCCGGCUGGGCACUCGCUGUGCUAGCACUCGCCUGGUGCUUGUGGUCACCGGCCGCCGGUUUGACGAGCAAAUACGUGUACAAGUCAACGGAUGCGGCUGCAUACUUGGCCUGGAGUCCCUUGAUACUUGGUCUGGCGAUUUGCUGGAUGAUUUUGAUUGCUCCAUUGGAUAAGAGCAUUGUGCAACGAUUUCCGCAUAUUGCUCGACCAGUGGUGCUUCUGUCACGCCUAGAGAUCCCACUGCAAUUGGCCAGCUAUGUGGUGGUACUCUGGACUACGGCGAGUGUCAAGGAGCCGCAUCAAUUUCUAAUGUCUGAUUUGAUCAAUCUGCAGGAGAUAGCGUGCAUUGUGUUGUUCGCACUGAUUGUCGCCUUUCUCAUUGAUUACCCGGCUCAAGAGAUUGGACUCUUGAUACUAGAUUUCAACUUUAGUGGCCCGCUUUUGACGCAGUCAAAGGAUAAGGAUGGAGCAGCUGAUGACGCAUCCAUGGAGGAGAGCACUGAACUUAAAUCGGACUCGCCAGAGCCAACCGAUUCGAUUUGGCCAUCGGAAUCGGAUCCUGAAGAUGAGAAAUCCUCUGAAUAA